AUGGAUCGGAGGUCCCGGGCUCAGCAGUGGCGCCGAGCUCGUCAUAAUUACAACGACCUCUGCCCACCCAUCGGCCGCCGAGCGGCCACCGCGCUCCUCUGGCUCUCCUGCUCCAUCGCGCUGCUCCGCGCCCUCGCCACCUCCAACGCCCGCGCCCAGCAGCGCGCCGCCAACCAGCACCGGAGCUACAACGCCCACCACCGCCCCGCCGCCCAGGUGUUCCCCGAGCCCGAGUCCCCUGAGUCCCCUGAGUCUGACCACGAGGAGGCCGAGCUCGACCUGUCCAUCCCCGAGUGCAUAGAGUACGAGGCCGAGUUCGACUACGAGACCGAGACCGAGACCGAGACCGAGUCCGACUUGGAGACCGAGCCCGAGACCGCCCCCACUACUGAGCCUGAGACCGAGCCGGAGGACGAGCGCGGCCCCGCGCUGCCCAAGCGCCCCACCUUCGGCCAGUCUCUCACUGAGCGUCUGCGUGCUCUCAGGUUGCGGAGCCCCGACGCCUCCCCGAGUCGCUCGCAGCCCAGCGCCCAGGAGCCCCCCAGCCCCACCAAGGGGGAGGAGCCCAAGCCUCAAGAGAAGGAUCCUCGAGACCCCGAGGAGGCCAAGGAGAAGAGGAGGCAGCGCCGCUGCAAGCCCAGAAAGUCCGUCCGCCGCGACCCGUCGCCGGAGUCCCCUUCCAAGAAGGGGCCCAUCCCCAUCCGCCGCCACUAA